CCGACAUAAGAGUGAGUGUGCACGUUUUGUUUGUUAACUUCCAAAUUGCGUUUGUCAAGUGCGCAAAUCGCAAUGAGUGUUCCGAAUGCGGCUCUGAUGUCGGCGGCGGUGUUGACGACGAUUUCCUCACCAACAGCGUGUUCAGCAGAGCCCACCACUCUUGAGACUGGUGGCUCUACGUACCUGGUAGAGAAACGUCUUGGUGAUGGUGAGAGGAAAGUCAUAACCUGUUUUCGGUGUCCUCCUGGCACAUACUUUAAGGAGGAUUGCCAGGAAGAUUUUGGGCGCUCCGAGUGUGCAGAAUGUCCUGAGGGGACGUACUCUAAACACUACACUAGAGCACAUUCCUGUCGAAGGUGUAGUCUAUGGUGUCCCGACAAAAACCAAAUUAAAACAGGAAAGUGUUCAAAGACACAGGACAUUAAGUGCCAGUGUAAAACGUGCUACAGAUGGAUUGUGCUUUCUAAAAUACUGGGUAUUGGAUAUUGUAAAUCCAUACAUGCAACUGAGAUAGAGACCGUUUCAUUAGGAAACAAGGCAGGUGCACGUGACUCCACAGUCAAAAACAAGUACCUUAGGAGAUGUCCAAAAGUCAGUACUCCGGCAUCUGCGUGUAAUAAAAACCAGGAUUCGUUGUGUUCGACAGAUUCCCAUGUGAGUCACAUUCAAUCAACGUCUUUCAUCGGCACAUUUAUCAUCCUUGUGGCCUGGCUGCAGUUUUAGGUUCUUCGCUACAAUGAGCAGCUGAAGGAAACUACUCUAUGGUUCAAGCUGUCAAGUUCAAGUUUGAUCUGAUCCUUCUAAUUGUUAACAUUAUAAUGAAUUUGAAAUUCAACUUUAACAACCUUAAAGGUGCUAUGUCAAAGUUGCAUUAAUGGCCAUUCCUGCCAAAAAUAUUUAUUAAUUUUUGCUUUGAAACAAAGUUUAUACUUUCAGCUGUAUUAAUAUAUAUAUAU